CGCCGACAAUCGUCGAGUCGUUUCGCGAGAGCCGCGCGGCACGGAGGCUCACGGCAAUCGGGCAUGGCAGAGUUCUAUGCGUGCUGGGUCAACCGACUCAAGACGCUGGACCUUCUGGAAGCCUCCCUCGAGGCCUGCGCUGCCAACGCGUCCAAAGAGCUCCACGCUGCCAUUUGCAUCCAGCGGAUAUACAGAGGCCAGCGCGUGCGGUCAAACAUUUCGCGAUGCCGGGACGCCGAAAUCGUAGUCGCUCGUGUUUUCCGUGGCCAUUUAGGUCGGCACAAGGCCCUGCGGGAGCGCCAGCGCCAACUGACUCUGGAAGCCCAAGCCCGAAUGCACCACGUUGCACGGGUCAUCCAGACGCGAUACCGUGGAUGGUCCAGUCGAAAGUUCAAGCUGAAUUUUGCCACACGAAAGUUGUACCUGAAGGAACUUGAAGCAAAAGGCCAGGCCUUGCGCGAGACGUUGCGGCAGCGUUUGGAUGCCCAGAGAAAGGCGGAGGCUGCUCGGGUGGACGCCGAAUCGCGCGAAGAAUUGGCUCACAUCACACAAAACUUGCAUCACUUAGUUGGCACGACCGUGACUCCUGGCAUCUUUAGUUCGCCGUUCCUGCAGUCCAAGCCUACCGCGUUUGGAGUCCCGGUCGAAACCCACAUCCGCACCAACACACUCAACUACCUCGCGACCGUGCCCAAGAAGCUCGUGCCCAAAGCACAACUCAAACCGAAGCCACCAACAGUUCGAACGUCGUUGCAAGCCACGUCGGUGUACCAAGCGGACAAGCUGCACAACGAUCGUGAAAAGCGAUAUCAAAAAGCCAGCCAGAUCACAGAAAACAACUUUGUCACGGUUGUCAACCCAGCGUCGUCGUACACUUACGACAAGAGCGUGAACAACGGGAUCGAAUACUUGGAUCCGCGGAAACACCCGUUCUGCCAACGAAGUGCGAACAAGUCCCCCGUCAAGUCGAGAGAGAGCAUUGUCCUGCCGCCUGCGACAAGACCAUCGGCCCAAGGCCACCCGCACGUGAAGAAAAAGACAUCGCACAACAAGAGGACUGUCGUAGGAUAGAGUAUAAACCAGCCGCCGUCGUCGUCACCUGUCCAGUGUUCAUGCAUCGGCAAGGUUGGUGCUGCGGUUGCGUGUGGCGUGGGUGGUGUGGACUCGCCAGUUGCAAUUUUAAACAUUUCGUUCAAAC